GUCAUCAGUUAUAUUUUACCUACGGCAAAGUAAAGAUCGGCAUUUGUCGCCGUUACGCGAGUGAAAUUAAACGAAAGUCACAUUUUCGCAGUUUAGUUCGAGAAAAAGCAUUUUCUUGAAAAAUAAAGAAAUUCGCAUUCAAAAGUGUAAUUGCACGGUGAACCAGAAGAAUUUUUGGUGGGUUUGAAAGUGUUUUUUUCUGACUGCCGUGGAAAGAAACCCCAUAACUCAGUCGAAUCAAGAAGUGUCAGUCGGCUGCAAAUUCUUUCCAUUUUCAUUGUGAACGAAGAAAGCUGGAAAUUUUGCUUAGCCCUAAAUUGAAUAUAGCGGAAACAGCAAAAUGUCUGUGAUUGGAAUAGAUUUUGGUAACGAGUCCUGUUACGUUGCCGUAGCAAAGGCUGGCGGUAUCGAAACGAUAGCCAACGAUUACAGCUUGCGGGCCACACCAUCAUGCGUUGCAUUCGCCGGCCGAAAUCGUGUGCUUGGCGUGGCCGCCAAGAACCAGCAGGUGACUAACAUGAGCAACACAAUCGGCGGCUUCAAGCGGUUACUGGGCCGCAAGUACAACGAUCCACACGUGCAAAACGAGUUGCGAAAAAUACCGUACAGAGUGGAAGCCCGACCUGAUGGUGGUGUCGGUAUACGAGUCCAGUAUCAGGACGAGGAGCACGUGUUCAGCCCGGAACAGAUAACGGCCAUGCUUUUCACUAAACUGAGAGAGGAUGCGUUCAAGGAACUCAAGACACAGAUUAAUGAUUGCGUUAUCACGGUACCAUCGUUCUUCACCAACGCCGAGCGGCAGGCUCUGCUCGAUGCGGCCGGUAUCUGCGGAAUCAAUGUACUCCGAAUGAUGAGCGAAACCACAGCCACAGCACUGAGCUACGGUUUCUACAAGCAGGACUUACCGGCACCGGAGGAGAAACCUCGCAACGUAAUCUUUGUCGAUUUUGGACACUCGGCCCUACAAGUUUCGGCCUGCGCUUUCCAUAAGGGAAAACUAAAGAUGUUGGCUUGCUGUUCCGAUCAGGUCGGUGGUCGAGAUUUCGAUUACGCGCUAGCCGAUUACUUCACAAACGAGUUCCAGACGAAGUACAAAAUUGAUCCCAGGACAAACAAGAGAGCUUUCCUCCGUCUAUUAACCGAGGUGGAGAAGUUGAAAAAACAGAUGUCGGCCAAUAGCACCAAGUUGCCGUUGAACAUUGAGUGCUUCAUGAAUGAGAUCGACGUCCACUCAACGAUUCAGCGAUCUAUUAUGGAGGAACUGUGCGCCGGGGUACUCCAGCGUAUCGAAGCCACAAUGAAAAAGUUGCUUAAAGACUCCAACCUUACCCUGGAGGAUAUACAUUCCGUCGAGAUUGUCGGUGGCAGCACCCGUAUCCCGGCAAUCAAGCAUUUGAUCGAGCAAAUUUUCGGCAAACAAGCUAGCACUACGCUGAACCAGGAUGAAGCGGUCUCGCGCGGUGCUGCCCUGCAGUGCGCUAUCCUAUCACCGGCGGUACGUGUUCGUGAGUUCAGCUGCAGUGACGUUCAGGCGUACCCCGUACUAAUCUCCUGGGAUGAUGGAACCCAGCGCAAUGAGAUGAAAGUUUUCGAGCAGUACCAUGCCACUCCAUUCUCUCGACUGUUGACCGUUCAUAGGCGGGAACCGCUUACGAUUAACGUUCAUUACGAACCGAAUAGUGUUCCAUAUCCCGAUCCAUUCAUCGGCUCGUUCCACAUUAAGGACAUAAAACCGAACGCGAACGGUGAUCCACAGGAAGUGAAAAUCAAAGUUCGCAUCAACCAGAACGGGAUAAUUUUAGUUUCUAGCGCCAGCAUGGUUGAAAAACGCGAAAGUGAAGAGCCUGCUACGCCUCCGGCUACUGCCAACGGUGACGAACAGCAACCCAAUUCGCCACCGGGAGAGGAGCCUUCGAAAACUGGAGAACCAAUGGAUAUGCAAGAGGGAAGCGAUGAUGAGCAAACUAGAAAAGAUACUAAAUCAGACACCGAUAACAGUGCAGGUGGCGGGAGUUGGACGCAAAAGGUCAGCAGAUGGUUUACCUCUUCGGACAAGAAGAAGAAGAUUGUAUCAAAGUCUAUUGACCUAACCAUAGAUAGCAGAACCCACGGCUUCGUCAGCAAUGAACUGUCCAAUUAUCACGAACUGGAGAUGAAAAUGAUUGCCAACGAUCGGCAGGAAAAGGAACGCAUCGAUGCUCGCAAUGCGCUGGAGGAGUUCGUCUACGAGGUCCGUGGCAAGAUUCAGGAGGACGGCGAAUUGAGCGCCUACGUCGAUCCGGACGAUGCGUCGCAGAUCACCCUCAAACUGGAGGAUAUCGAAAACUGGCUGUACGAGGACGGCGAAAAUUGCGAAAAGUCCGUCUACAAGGAGAAACUGGCCGGACUGCGUCAGCAGACGGAUCCUAUUCGUGCCCGAUGCGAGGAAUACAAUGGACACGAGCAGGCCUUCAUCGAAUUGGGUUACACGAUUCAGCAGACGUACAAAGCCGUUGAACAGUUCCGCGCUAAGGAUCCCAAGUAUGAUCACCUUACCGAGACGGAAAUUUUGAAUAUUACCGAGGCGGCACAGAAGGCACAGAAAUGGUACGAAGAGUCUCGAUCGCGAUUGGUCACCGUUCGCAAAACACAGGAUCCUCCGGUGAAGGUCGCUGAUAUUCGUCACGAGAAUCAGACGCUGGCAACCUGCACGAAUUCGGUGCUAAACAGACCAAAGCCAAAACCUCCAACUCCUCCGGCGGAUAACAACAAGGAACAGGCACAGAACGGAACAGAUCAGACAAAGGAACAGCCGGAUGCUAAUCAUCAACCUAAGGACUUCACCGAGGAUAAAAUGGACGUUGAAUAAGCUAGUUAAUCAUUGCGUUUGCGUUACAAACCCAAACUCUACAAACAAAUACACUUUUAUUUAAUGAUUAUUUGAAUAAGAUGAGAAGAUACGCGAGAGUAAUGGGAUUGUAUAAAAAAAUGAAAGGCCUGUGAGUUUUUAUGUUUCACUUAAAAUCACUACAUAUAAGUUUAAAUCCCACGCUAUGAUACACAAAAACAGUUAUUCUAUUAUCAGUAAUAAGCUGACGGUUUUGGCCCUCGUUCACCGGAUGUUACUGGAUGAUGGCUAUGCACAUUUCACGUAUUUUUCUUUAUUUAAGGUCGGAGAUUUAUCGCCAAUCAAAAAUAACAAAAUAUUGCCUUUCUAGUAAUUCGAUAACAUGUCCCAUACCAUUGCUCCUUAUCGUCCACUGAUUUAAUGUAGCAAAGGUCGUGGAGCUUGCAACUGCUUUUAUUACUAAUAGUCACAAUCUUGUGUUAUGUAAAAACCAUUCUACUGCUACACUACUAACGGCAGAAGAAUUCAUUGUUUGCUGAAGAACUCUGUACGAACGAAUCAAGAAAUACACUACUUGUUUACUGAAUUAGGCAUGAUUAUUUUCGAGUUGCUGCUCAAUUCUCAAAGGAUUAAAUAUUUAAAAAAAACCAUGAAUAAUGUUAGAUGUAUCUUGAGAGCCAGAUAUGAAAGAUUGAACGAAUUUCGUGAUUAUGAAAGCUAGUAAAACAGAGCGACACCAACAGGUACUUCUGCUUAGAAUCCUAUUCGAAUUGUCGCUCUGCGGAGAUGAUAGGUAUUAGUAAUCAAACUUAAAUACACAAGCCCCGUUGUCUAGCGUGGGUUUAUCACGGACGACUAACUGUGUAUCAAACUAUGUUCUUGUGAAAAUCAAAGCAGCAUAAAGAACGAUGAUGGAUCGAGUUUCGCUGAA